AUGGCGGAUUUUCGCCAUGCAGCCUCGAUUGGCACCACAUUGACUUCGGCAUGUGUGAGAAGUAAGUGUGGUCUGGUCGGUCUAGUCGGAGGAUGGAGCGUGGCGGCGGAAUUCAUUCAACAUUCAACCCCAGGGUCCUUCCUUUCGCCGUACACGCCGUCCGCAUUUGGAAAGUUAUCCGGGAAGAUAUAUCUAGUCCGAUCCAUGUUCAUUCUAUCUGAAGAACAAAUAUCACAAGCCGUUGAAAUCUUCGUCUGCCUUCACGCAACCGCUCAUCUCGGAUAUGCGAUCCGACCAAGCGGUCAAUAUUCAAUCAUGGACGAAGUUGUAUGA